AUGCGGUACGGAGCUCAAUUUGCAAGAGUUUUGUUUUUCUCCAGGAAACUGACUGCAGAGGGGAAGAAGCCUAUAGGUGGAGGAACUAGUGGGGCCCCUCUGCCACCCCACCGCCACCCCCUCAUCCCCGCUCUGCCACCCCACCGCCACCCCCUCAUCCCCGCUCUGCCACCCCACCGCCACCCCCUCAUCCCCGCUCUGCCACCCCACCGCCACCCCCUAAUCACCCCUCUGCCACCCCACCGCCACCCCCUCAUCACCGUUCUGCCACCCCACCGCCACCCCCUCAUCCCUGCUCUGCCACCCCACCGCCACCCACUCAUCACCCCUCUGCCACCCCACCGCCAACCCCUCAUCACCGCUCUGCCACCCCACUGCCACCCCCUCAUCACCGCUCUGCCACCCCACUGCCACCCCCUCAUCACCGCUCUGCCACCCCACCGCCACCCCUCAUCACCGCUCUGCCACCCCACUGCCACCCCCUCAUCACCGCUCUGCCACCCCACUGCCACCCCCUCAUCACCGCUCUGCCACCCCACUGCCACCCUCAUCACCGCUCUGCCACCCCACUGCCACCCCUCAUCACCGCUCUGCCACCCCACCGCCACCCCCUCAUCACCGCUCUGCCACCCCACUGCCACCCCUCAUCACCGCUCUGCCACCCCACUGCCACCCCUCAUCACCCCUCUGCCACCCCACCGCCACACCCUCAUCACCGCUCUGUCACCCCACUGCCACCCCCUCAUCACUCCUCUGCCACCCCACCACCACCCCCUCAUCACCGCUCUGCCACCCCACCGCCACCCCCUCAUCACCGCUCUGCCACACCCUAAUCACCCCUCUGCCACCCACUGCCACCCCCUCAUCACCGCUCUGCCACCCCACUGCCACCCCCCUAAUCACCCCUCUGCCACCCCACCGCCACACCCUCAUCACCGCUCUGCCACCCCACCGCCACCCCUAAUCACCCCCUCUGCCACCCCACUGCCACCCCCUCAUCACUCCUCUGCCACCCCACCGCCACCCCCCUCAUCACCGCUCUGCCACCCCACUGCCACCCGCUCAUCAACACUCUGCCACCCCCUAAUCACCCCUCUGCCACCCCACUGCCACCCCCUCAUCACCGCUCUGCCACCCCAGUGCCACCCCUAA